AUGAAGUACUUCGCCCUCGCUACCCUCUUCGCGCUCGCCACGGCCCUUCCCACGCCCCAGGACGAGGUCGUCGUGCCGGCCGUGCCCGGCAAACCCGCGCCAAGCGGUAAGCCGGUGCCGCUCCCAACGCCGCUCCCGAGUGUGGGCCUGCACCCCAACGGCAACGCCGGCAAGUGUGUCGACGUGCGCGGCGGCGUCAUCCAGGCCGGCACGGUCGUGCAAAUUUACGACUGCAACGGCACUGCGGCGCAGAAGUUCAGCCUCAAGCGCGGUGACGGACAAGUUCAAGUCACUGGCACCGACUACUGUCUCCAGGCCGACGGCAACUGGAACGGUUCGCGGGUCCGCCUCCAGCGCUGCAACAAGUCCCUCCUCCAGAAUUGGUACUACACCGACGACGACCGUAUCGCCGUCACCGGCCAAGGCCUCUGCCUCGACCUCACGGACGGGUCGGACGCCAACGGCAACGCCCUUCAGGUCUGGCAGUGUGGCACUGGCAACACCAACCAGGUCUGGACGACCAAUGUCCUUUUCGCCUGA